CUCUCUCUCUCUCUCUCUAAAGCGCGCGCACAGACGGCGGCGAGCAUGAAAGCCUCGGCCUCAAGAACGCCGCCGCCGCCGCCGUCGUCUCACAGGUACUUGAAGCCGGGGGCGCUGGCGCGGCUUCGGGACUCCAGGAUCAGCUCCCGCUCUCACAAGCCGGACCCUCUCUCUCGGCCCCACACGACCCGGCCCGACCCUUCCCGGCGCGCGCGCGACCAAGCCGCCCAGCUCCAGAUCUCCGUGGCCGAUCCGGCGCCUCCGCUCCUCGGCGGCGCCGGGUGGGGCCCGCGUUGCCUCGCGAGGAAAAGGCUCGUUGCUCACAGAUCUGGGCUUUUGCAGAGCCUGGACUCCGGCGUCAGCCGCGGCGGUGGCGAUCCCUUCGUGAAUGUGACGGGCAACGACGCUCUCGUCGCUCAUUGAUUAGCUCAGUGAAUAAUCUGAUAGCAAGCCUUUUUCCCCUUUUUCCCCUUUUUUUGUGGAUUUGCUUUGGUCGAUUUGGUUAGGUUCGAUACCCUUGAUGACUUGUAUCAAAUCAUAAUAAAACUCUGCAGUCAAAUAAUGCCUGGAUCGACAUCGUUAACAAUCAAUUGCGGAGACGAGCCGUAGAUAUUGCGAAAUACUUGCCUAGAUCUUGCGAGACCAAUGCGGCAUUAAUUAAUGCAUCAUGGAUGAGUCCUAUGCAGGCUGUUUCUCUACAUGUACAGUUCUCAUGUUCUGUAUAAGUAGUGUGCUCAGUAGGUUCGAGUUGCGACGCUAGAGUUAAGUGUUACAUUGUGGUAGAGAGUUAAGAGAACAGAUACGUGCACAAUCAAGAAUCAAGACAACGCCUCUCCGGUGUUCCUCCAUUGUUUUAGCUGAUGAAAACUUCAGUUUGGCCCUUCCUUUUCUUCGGCCAGAGUGCUGAUGAGUUCUAGCGUUUGUCGUUUUACGGAAAGAGGGGAUGAAGUAAAAAGAUCAGCGGUUGAAGAUUCAGUUUACAAGAUGGAAUGCGAAGGUUUAGGUGCGAUUGCGACUGUUCUACUAAAUUUCCAGGAAAAAGAAAACUACUCGAAUUCGAAUUGGAAUGGUGAUCUUACUUUCGAGGCACCGCAAAAGUAGCUUCUCCAGACGUCUUAUGUGAAAGCGAACUGCU